ACCCAAUGCAUUUAUUUCAACGUAAUGUCAAGAGGCCUUCCGAUUGUAGCAGUAUCCCUAUUGAGCUGGAUUGUUACAGUUUUGAUCGCCCUUGAUUCUGAAUCUUUGAAAUGUUCCCCUGGGAUUUUCGGAUCAGAGGUUUUGAGAUGCUCCCCAGGAUUUGUCAAUGUGAGUGGCUGGUGUUUCUCUUUCCACAAAGAACCAACGUCCAUGUUGAAUUCCAGUGACUUCUGUCACCAGCAGGGGGCGCACAUGGUCGUCCUAGACUCGGAGGAGAAAGAAAAAGUACUCACCAAAUAUAUUGAAAAGAUGAAUUUUUUCAACAUAUAUCAAGAAAGAAAUGAACUCUAUAAGAUUGCUCAGAGGGAAUGGGACAUUGAGGCUGAGAAGAAAAACUUUUGUGCAGAUUUCAUUAUGCAUGGUGUACAAAGUUCUAAAUAUAAACACAUUCCUAAUGCUAAGAUUCCUCUAGGUUCCCUGCCUCACCAGAGAGCUAAUCUGACCACGCCCGCAGGAUUCGCCAUCAAAUCUUCGUCACUUCCGGGAGCGGGGAUGGGCGCAUGGGCGGAGACCUUUGUUCCGAAGUUCACGAUCCUCGGUGUUUAUGAAGGACUUAUUCACACUGUAGACAAGAAGGAGGAUUUUUAUUCAUGG